ACCCCCAGCUGUGACAGAGCAGCGGAUUUACGCACAGAUAUACAGACAGGUAGGACAAUCUUGGCUCUUGCGAUGAAAACAAAGUGGCGUCUCUUGGUUUUUUGGAAUGUUUUAUCACUGGGCCUCGUCAACUCGGCAGCGGACACCCUUAAAUCUCCGUCUGUAUGGCGCCCCACUAGAGGGAUAAAAGUUUCUAAAUUGGGGGACCCAAAAAAACCCGCCGACACAAUCAACUUGUCGACAACAGGCGACAGAGAAUCCGGCCAGAAGUUUCCCACUCAAAACAUGAGUUUCCCCUCACCUCGACGCAACACUGAGCUGCCACUGACAUCUACAUCUCCUUCUCCAAAACCCAAAAUACGCCGAUUUGUGCGUCCAGAAAGGCCCGAAGCAAAGAUCAGCCCGGACUUUGCUUCCCUCCCAGACGUUUCCGUCACCUGCUCCACGUCUGACCUGGUUGUGCGGGUCAAAACAGCCUUCUAUGGUUUUGGUGCAAAUGCCGAGGAACUGAAAUUGGGCACCUGCAAAAGCAAUGGGGUUCUCGGUCCCUAUGGCGACCUGCUCUUCACGUAUCCCCUGACAGAGUGUGGUGCCAAGCGUGAGAUGCCCCCUGGUUAUCUGGUCUAUAAGUACGUGCUCCACUACGCGCCCUCGCCAAAAUGGUUCCCGAGCAGAGCGCAUCGGAUCGAUGUCAACAUUGAAUGUCGUUUUCAAAGGUAUCAUCAUGUGCGCCAACUGGCUGUGCGUCCCACCUGGCGAACUGCUGUUGUGCGUAAAAGGCUGAAGGCGGGUCUGAAGGCAGGUCCGAACGACUUCCAAGUUCAGCUGAUGGAUGGUCAUUGGACCGGGCCAGUCAAGUCCAGAGUGUAUCAGCUCGGGGAGAAUGUUAAUUUCCAGGUUUCUGCUUCACGUCUUCCCCCUGGAGGAAAGCUGUACAUCAACAGCUGCUAUGCCACACUUUCCAGUGGCUCUAAAUCAUCCAUCAAGUACACCAUCAUCGACAACUUUGGCUGCAUGGUGGAGAGCCAGAGGGACCCAGGGGCCUCUCAUUUUGUCUCUCCCAGAACAGAUAAGACUCUGCGAUUCUCCUUUAGAGCCUUCCAGUUCAUUGCUAACCCUGACACUGAGGUCUACAUUCACUGCAAACUACUUGUGACAUCAAAGGACCCAAGUCCUGCACACAAAUCCUGCACCUACAGGGAGAGCAAGUGGAAGGCCCUUACUGGUGACGACUCCAUAUGUGAGUGCUGUGACUCACGAUGUUUGAUCCCUGAACCCCGGAGGGCCAUGAUGGAAGGCUCUGCCAGCAGCGGGCCGAUGUUGGUCUCAGAUCAACCACACAGGCUGGAAGAUGGCUUUUUACCAGUUACAACAUCUCUGGUCAGCAUGAGCACACACAGCAACCCUGAAGACACAGUGGUGUUUGAGACCAAAAUGAGCCACCAAACCACUGAGGAGAUGCACAGUCCAGACUAUGAUGUUGAUGAUGUUGAUGAUGCUGUUGAAGACCAGCAAAGCUACAGACUCUUGCAGGAAGAAAAAAGCAGGAUUAUUUUUGACGGAGUGAAAGAAGCUGGAUUAGAUGAAGUAGGUUUCAGAGAUGGGCUUUUUGAGGAUGAGAGGAAAAUGUCUGGUAUGACAGAUUUAGAGGAAUUUGCAGUGGAUGGCUCAGGGUAUGUAGUUACACAGGAUUAUCUGCAGAGAGAAGAAUCAGGAUCACAGACAGAAUCUGAAAGAGGACCAGAGCUGAGAGCAGUAGAUGGAAAGGAAGAUGAUGUCUUCGAUGAAAAGCAGUUGAGUCAUCUACAAGAGCAGGGAAAUGGACAGCCACCACAUGGUGUGGGGGUGAAGGAAAUGUUGGCAUCAGAAAUAGAAGUUGACUCACAGUCUAUUAAGACAUUGAGGGAGGAUAAGGUGCAGCCGCCGGAAACUCAAAGUAAAGAAGAAAAAGGAGAAAAGAACACAGGUAGAGAUGAAGAACCAGAGAGGGCGACUGUCUCUAAGACUGAGAGGAAGAAAGAUGAUGGUCAGGCAGAGGCAGAAACAGUGGAUAGUCAGGAAAUGACUUGGUAUUUCACAUGGAUGUAGUAUUAGUGCAUCACUGCUCAAAGACUAUUGUAGCCCACAGUAGGUUAUUCUGCUGACACAUUUCAAUAAAAAUACACAACACUGAAAUGCA